AUGCAAGCUUUCAUAAAACUAAUGGUAAAAAUCGCGACGAAAUCGAGAGAUCGUGAAAGUUUAGAAAAGUUGGUUAGUUGUGGGAAAUUUUAUGAAGAUGGAAUCCGAGUCCCAGCUGACAUGAGAAAGGCCUUAAAAAUAUACAAAGUGGCCGCAAAAUUAGGUGAUAGUUAUUCCCAGUACAAGGUUGGAGUUUAUUAUGAAGUGCAACAAGAUUUAAAUAAAGCCAUCUAUUGGCUCGAGAAAUCGGCUCUUCAAGGACAUUCUGACGCUGAAACACGGUUACUUUUUACGGGUGUAGAGAUUCGCAGUCUUUAUAAAGACAAAUAUAUAUCUUCCGUACCAGUUGCCAAAGUUGCACAUUUCACGUUAACCAAAAUUUAG